UGAGGGUAACUGUACCACUCUCCCCAGAGCUGUUUGGGUUUAACACCCUCAGUGCACUUCCAAAGCUCCAAAUGUAAGGACAGACCCAGAAAACAUGCCCACCAAAGCAAUGCUCAGAGAACUGGGCAGGUUCCAUCAGGCCAAGCAGGAGGCAUGUGUGCGAGCAGCAGUGGGACUCCGACACGCAGCAGGCUUGGGGAAGCAGGAGAGUUUCCGGGUCGUGAAUGAAGACUCCAGCCAGCUGAUUUUCAUAGAUAAGGCAGACAAGGACAUUCAGGAGGGCUGCUUCACAUUCAAUGGCAUCUUUAGUCUGGACACAGGGCAGGACGAUAUGUUUUUGGAGCUGGUGAGACCCCUGCUGGCCAUGGUGCCCCUUGGUUACAGCGUGUCCCUGCUGCUGUGGGAGGCCCAUUGCACUGGCACCAAGCCGCAGCCUCAGGGCACUGGGCAGCACCACAGCAUCAUCCAGCAGGUGAUAGAAACCGUCUUCCAGGAUCCCAAGCUCCCAGGGGAUGGCAGGGAGCAACUGCAAACUGUCAGCUUUGUCCAGCUUUGUGCAGACGGAAAUGCCUGGGACCUCCUCAGCCCCAGAAAUCAAGCCCUGCACGUGCUGGACGUCCCUCCACUGGGUCUGAUGGUGGAAGGAGCAAGUGAAAUUGUUGUGUCCAACUCUACAGCUGCCUACAGCUUCUAUGUGAGGGGGCUGGAGGACAGUCCAGCACUGUCCCAAGGGUGUUCGCAGCAGUCCCAGCUGGAGCAGGAUGAAGCCAUGUGCGCCAGCCUGUUCACCCUCACCAUGGAGCAGGAGCUGGAGGGCUGCAGGCACCAACGCUCGGCUGUCAGGAUUUUGGAGUUCCCCCGAGGGGCCAGGCCCUGUGUGGAGCCUCUCUCACCCCUGCUCCAAGCUCUGGCUCCUGGUGAGCUCCCGGAUGAUGCAGGAUUCCUCCUCUGGAUUCUCAAGCGGGUGCUAGAAGGAAACAACUUCACGUUCCUGCUGCUGUGUUUGACCCUGCCAGAUGCCUCUGGAGAAGAGAUCCUGUCAGCCCUCUCGCUGGCUGAGCAGGUGAGGGGACUAGCCAAGAAGGUCUCACCAACCCACUGGGAUCCUGCCAAAGCAGCUUGGAGGCAGAGGGCAAAGAUCCGAGAGCUGAGGGCCCAGCUCCUCUCCAGCAGCAGCCGCACAGUGCAGGAGAGUGUGAUCAGCCAGCUGAGGAGAGUGCUGAGGGACCUGCAGGUGCUGAAGAACCAGAGCUGGGAGAAAAAGAAAGAGAUGUCGGAGGCAUUUGAAGGAAGCGGGAGCCAUCAUCCUGAAACCAAGGGUCAAAUUCCAUUGUGGCCGGGCAGGGACGAUCAGCUUACAAACCAGGUGCUGACAGAUAUGCUGAGAAGCCAAGAGUUCCUGGACAGAGGCAACCCCAAGCCAGAUGGAGACGUACCAGAUCCCCCUCCCUCUUUUCCUGCAGAGUUUGUUCCCCUCUGUAAUGACAAAGGAGGCGAAGCUGCCACAAGUAGCUUCAGGUGGUUUGGCCGAAUCCCCCCGAGCAUGGGAGCAGUGACAGGGGAGAAGCCUUUGCAAAGUGGAGCCAGCAGAACACAGGAACCAACCGGCACUGCUAGUGUGACCGGCACGGUGGGGAGCUGGGCCUCCCAGCAGCACCCAGCCCUGGAGCUGCAGUUUGCAGUGGCCAAGGCCAGGAGGCAGCGUCUGCGGGAGCAGCACCAGCAGCUCAUCCAGCAAGAACAGCUGAAGCUGGAGGAGGAGCUAGCAGGGAACCAGGAGCUCCCUCCUGCCCAGCGAGACGCGUGGUGCUGGCCCAAGGAGAAGGCAGUGCUGGCCCUGCAGCUGGAAGCACUGCAGAGGGAAUGGGCCGAGGCGGAGAAGGACCUGGAGGCACUGUACCAGCAGCACAGACUGGAAGCGGAGGCUCAGAAACAACAUGUGCUACAGGUCACCGGGGCUAAGCUGCCAUUCUCCAUGUGUCCGGUGUUUCGGGCCUAUCGAGGUCUCUCAGAGGAGCAGACUGAUGCACUGGAUCGACGGUACCGGAAGCUGUUGCAGGAGGCCCUCCAGGAUGCCAUCUCCCUGUCUGCGCAGAACCAGCAGCUCCGGGCACACAGCCAGCUGGGCUGCACUGAUCAUGCCACGCAGACAGACCCACACUCCUGAGCAGUGAGCUCUGCCAUGCCUAGGGGGGUGGUGAACACUGGAGAUUUUUGGGGGGAAGGGAGAGGGGGCGAUGCCUGUCAGUCAUUCCAGGGAAAAGGUGCAGUUUGAGCAGCCCCUGGGCCAGCCUUUCUUACAGCACCAGGCAGGUGUUCUGGUGUUUUAGCAGGUCUCUGAGCAGCUGGGGAGCUCUUUACCAGCACCUGCUGAAUUGGGGAUUGUCUGUGUGCAAUGGCAGACUGGCCCUGGGAGGUUAUGGGGGACUGAGCAGGCAAUAUGUGAGCACAUGGCUAGCUCAAUACAGCACCUUCCCCCUACUCCCCCAACAGGGCUGGGAGAGUGCAGAGCUUCAGCAAAUGUAGGUUUAUAAAGCUACAACUCCCAUCAGCUUGUAGACUCUCAGUGGGAAGCGCACUGUAACCCUGGCCCCAGCUCCCUUCCACAGCAAUGGGACAAAGCGUAACAGGGGCUUGGAGCCCAGUGCAGAACUUGGCAGCUGCUCUCAAUUGCUAGGGAUGAUACCACUGAGGUCCAGCUUCACAUGCCCAGAAAUCACUCACAGCAGUGGAAGCAGCUGCACAUGUCAGCAAGGAACCUGGCCCUGGCUCCAGCCCAAGGGCUGUCCGGAGCUAUUAACGCACACAGUGCAAUGCUCAGAGUCCAGCCACAGGCCUGUUCCUCCCGACCUGAGGAAUGUCUCCCUGCAGCAGGGGCCAGAAGAUAAGGCCAAUACGCCCCCAUGGGACCUGGCAUGAGGCAUCUGAGGGAGGAGCUGGCAUGCAGGGCUGUUAAGCCCCCAGCUCCCGCAGCCUUUCAUCAGAGCAGGGGCCUCAGCACUGCCGCAUACCCAGCCACUCCAGGAAGUGUUCCAAUCAGGAGUUAAGGGACUAGCUGAAGGCUCCCAAAGUAGACCAUUUAGGCCACCACGCUCUAAUAGAGCCUCAACCUCCCCCACCCCCAUGUGUGAAAACUAGCCCCAUUACCCUUGCUGAUCCUGACGCAUGUACAGCCUGCCUGGCCUAGGCCCUGAGAGCAGCCAUCCAUCCUGUUCAUUGAAGAUGCUGCAAAAGGUGUACCCACUCCCCUGGAACAGACCUAGCCUGAGCACCCACCACAGCCCAGCCAGUCCCUGCUGGCCUGGGCCAAGCCUCAGGCAGGAGCCCCUGUUACAGCCUGGGGAAAGGCUGCCGUGUAGACAACAGCUAAGUGGGUUGAAGCCUCGACCACCCCAGGCUCUGCCCCCGUCAGGUCCCAACCACACUACAGGUUUUAACUGCAGUGUAAAUGAAUCCCCCAACUGUCCAGAGCAAGGGUUCUCUCUGCACCCCUGCAGAAAGGCUGAACAAAGCCCCAAGUGCCUCUUUCCAGGGGGCUGGGGCUGUCAGCAGUGUGUGGAAUUGUGCUCCCAUAGGGCUGGCAAGCACUACUGAAAUACUGUGGGAAAUGAACUGCAUGAGACAACUGGACCAGGAACUCAGGGCAGGUCUCUCAUUCCCUCGGGCUGCUGCCAGUGGAAAUAAACCAAUGAGAUUCUCAAUAAACAGUGUAUUCAAAGGUUCCAAUAGGAUGCUGUGCUCCACUAAGGAAGGGCCCUUUGCUCCAAUCCAGAGAGACACUCACAUUAAAAUGAUGUCAGACUAGGGACUGGGCAUUGGUCUGUUUG